AUGGUGCGGACCCGUGGUCCACUUCAGACCCUUGGGGCGGCGGCAAUCAAGUUGAUGCUGCUGCCGAGCCUGAACGCGAAGCUGCGCGACCUACUCCUGCUACUGAUGAUCAGUCUUGGGAAGUCCAAGGAAAUGGGGCCUCAGGUGACGGGGAUGCAUCUGGGCCUUGGACAAGGGAAGACUGGGAAGCCUGGCAGGCACGCUGGGACAGCAGAGGUUCUCAAGAUGGAGGGAGCGACGGCGGCAACCAUUCCGCCGACAGCAACGGGGCGACUGGGGCCGCUGGCAGUGGAUGCCAGCCGACAACGUCUCUACUUCGACCUCUGCGAGUACCAGCGGGACGGCGCCGAUUGCAUGGAACAGUUCUUCAUGGACGUGGUGGGAUGGAGACGUGGGGCCUACAGCGGGUUCUACAAGUACCUCCGGGACUCCGCCGACUACGUGGACCGCGGCAGCUACUACGGCAAGUUCGUGGAAUGGAGGGCCUGCGGCGACAUGGGAUGCAUCUACAGGGACUGCGCACCAGUCUUUUGGAGGGACAAAGGGGCCUACGGAACGGCUCAUCGUCCCCACCUUCACCGGGGACACCGAGAAUGGCGGCGACCUUGGAACAUCGGCGCGGAGCUACCUGAGACAGGUGAAUGCUUGGGAGAGUUGGCCCCAGACCAACGCGCGCUGGUGCUAUAUCAGCACUUAUCUGGUUCUGCUUGGGUGAACUCUGAGUCUUUGAAUGUUGAGGAUCUCGCCCAUCCUGAAGGCGUGGCCCGUCUACGAGAAUGGAUUCGUCAGCACUACUUGGACGUGGAGGUCACACAGGUGGGACGCUCUUUGAGUGAUUUGUUCAGGAAGCUCCGCAGGCGUCCUCAACAGAGCUUCCGGGACUAUGCCGCGGAGUUCAACCGCUUGCUGGCGAGAGUCAUAGAGUGCGGUUGCGCUCUGCCAGACGUGGCCAAUGCUUGGCUCUUCGUGGACAGGGCCAACCUCGACGAGGCCACGGAGGUCAGCCUGCUUGCGAGUGUAGGUAACAAGUACGCCCUCAAGGCCUUGCAGUCUGCGGCUAUCGUCUUGGACAGGUCAAUGCGAAAACCCUGGGAGAAGGCAGGCCUCCGUGGGAAGCCCCAGAGUGUCAACCAGACGGACGACCUGGAUGGCGGCGAGGCUUCGGAUGUUGAGCCCCCUCUUCACGAUGACCCCGAAUGCAACUCCGAAGAACUCUACCUCACUUACAUGACAGCAAAGGCCCGCUACAAAGAGUCUGCCAAGGCACGGGGAACUGACUACAGAACCACUGAGGCCGACUCGGGUGGCAUGCGGAAGGCUGCCGAGGCCAAAAUCCAGUUGGCCAAAGCGAAGUCCCACUGCUCUGCUUGUGGGCAGAGAGGCCACUGGCACAGAGAUGCUAUCUGCCCCAAGUUCCCUGGCAAUGGCAACCAAGGCCCCGGCGCCAAGGCACAGACGAUCCACGUCACCAACGAGGUGUUUGAGCUCACCACGGGCACGCGCGAGGGCCUCAAGGCGAUCCUGGACUCCGCUUGCUCUAAGACUGUGGUUGGGACUGGGUGGCUUCAGAAGUACCUGGACUAUGUCAAGGGAAGCGGCUACGAUGUGGUCUUUGUUUAUGAGAAGGAGAGCUUCAAGUUCGGGGCCGCCAGCCGGAUCUACGAGUCCACCUAUGCCGCGGUGAUCCUCGUACCUCUUCUUGACCACAUCAUCGCGAUCAAAGCCUCGGUGAUCCACGGGGACAUCCCACUUCUUCUUUCGAGACCGGCUUUGGCACGACUCGGCCUCGUCUUGGACCUCGGAAGUAACGUUGCUACCUUCCGCGCACUCGACGGUGGCGAGGUCGAACUGGAGGAAACUACGAGUGGGCACCCUGCUGUUGUAGUUGAUCACUCCAAGCUGGCUAAGCCGGACACUUCAAGGCUCCCUGACAACUGGGAGCCACAUGGAAUCGCGAUCCUCGGCCCUCGCGAGGUGUACAUGGUUGCUUGCAGCGGGGAUGUUUCGGGCGAUGAUCAAAGGGAUCCUGGUGAUGUCGAUGCGGUGACGAAGAUCUUUUACGACAAGAAGAUAGAUGGUGCUGUUAGGGACAUGCUGACGGGUGACGUUCUUAACGAGGACCUCUUUGUGACAUGUGGGCUGUCAAAGAUCUUGGCGAGUAUCCAACAUUGUGGGUCGGCCGCAGUGUGUUCAAUCGAGCUCAAUCUGUUGCCCCUCCGCGUCCCGUCGAUCAUGCUCCCAGUAUGGAAGAUGACAAAGGCCCAGUUGAUCGACGAGUGCAAGCGCCGGCAGCUGGCGUUCAACGAGGCUUGGACGUGCCCAGAACUUCGGACGAUCCUCAUCGCGGACCGGGAGUACGAGACCAAGAGGAAGGGAGUUGCGGUGCCGAAGGGCUUGUCGUCCAUGAACCUGGACGAGCUGAAGGCCGAGGCGCACAAGAUGGAGCUGACCGUGAAGUCCGGGGACACAAAUGGGAGUCUCAUGCUACGCAUCAGGGACGCAGCGGCCCCGGCGGAUACCGUCAUGACCAUUGGUCGGUUCCGAGGGACAACGUUUGCCCAGAUCCCAGACAACUACGGAGACUGGGCGUCGGAAAAAGAACGCCAGAAUGGGACCAACAUGCACAACGACUUGAAGCGGUUUGUGAUGUGGCGGCGACAUCGCAGGUCCAAGGGACAGAACACCCCGGCUGCGGCGGCGAGCACCAUGGAGCCGACCUACCUCGACGCGGAGACCUACGCGACGGUGCCCCCGCCGCCGAUCAGCGAGACGGGUUCGUCGUCCUGGGCGAUGGUGGCGGACUACGAGAGUGCGUUCUCCGAGGGGUACAACCCGCGUGCGAGAGGCCGUCCGGCCUUGUGGAGGGAAGCCCAGACACCGGUGCCAGCUGCCAAGCCGAAGCACCGCUCAGCCAAGACGAAGACCAAGGACUCGGAGGGCCCCGAGCGCAUGGAGCAGGAGAUCGACCCGGCCACGAUGGACGAGAUCCAGGCACUCGAAGCGCGCCUGGCCACCCUACGCGACAGGUUUUCAGAUCGUGUUCUUCUGGUUCGGAAGACUCGAACCAUGGGAUCCUUGCUACGCGACACGGAGGUUCUCGAGGUCCUAAGGCCCAUCCUGGAGAAGACGCUGCCGGAGCUGCACUUCAUGAACGGGAUUUUACUUUCGGAAGCGAAGCGGUGCAAUCUUGGGUACUACGCCUACGGCACUUUCAAGGGAGUCGGCCGCCGUACGACCGAAUGGCCCAAGUUGACCACCUACUUGAACGAGUUCCUCGCUGAUUGCAUUGGGGAAAGCGGUCAUGGUCAAGGCCGGGCCACGUGGGCGGCCCUUGCACUACUGGGCGACAUACCUACUGGGGUCCACACGGACCGGAACAACCUCAAGGGCAGCUUCAACUACCUGGUCAGUUUUGGCAGCGGCAAUGGAGGAGGGGUCUGGAUCCAGGAAAAGGGCGGCGGAACUUGGCGCCGCAGUGGAAAUGGCCAAGAGAUCGAGGGGCGCAUUGUUGACGCCCACGAACAAGGAUGGGAGUUCGAUCCACGGCUCGCCCACGCCACCGAGCCCUUCGACGGCGAGCGUUGGUUUCUUGCGGGAUACACCCCGCGCUCUUUUCCGGAAGCCUCCAAGAGCGAGAGGAAAAUCCUGAACGACCUCAAGUUCCCGGUACCCACCAAGGCCGAGAUCCGGGAGAUCAAGAAGCGCGACGACUACGCGAUCGACAUCCCGGAGAAGGAGAUCGCCCACGAAGGAGGUUCAGGUUCGCGACCAAAACGGAGCGUUCGGAAGGGCAUCCGCCGAACGGCCAUGAUGUUGUCUGUCUUGUUCACCACGGCCAUUUCGACCAUGUGCGGUGUUGUACGUGAUGCACUACCUGCUCAUGUCAGCCCUGCAACCGCCAUUCUUGAAGUUGGUGGACUCUCUGCUACCUGCCGGCUUGCUGAGUACGAUAUCUGCGGCGACCACCUCGUGGAACCCCUGCUCCCUGAGGACGUGCUUUCCAACGACCACCCGGAGGACCUGGGCAUUGGCUACAUCGAGGCGGCGGUCGUCCGCCACCGACCCGGGCAGCUCUGGAUUCACAUGAUAAUUGAAUGGGGCUGCGACGCGGUGUUCCGUGACUUGGUCGAGGCGAUCAGCUACCAACUCGGGAGGGGACAAGCCGUGGUGCUUGAGAGGGAGGUCGAAGAACCUCUCCUUUGGGAGAGCUUGGCCAAUGGUUGGGAGGAUGCGGGCUACGACGUGACCUACGAUUUCACCGAGGACGGCCAUCAGUACAUCCGGGUCGUUCAGGCCCAGUCAGAGGGGGAGAUCCACUCCGUGUACGUCGGCGACAACGAGAGCGAGGAAGAGUUGCUCCCUGCACAAAGCGAAGAACGCGGAGCUGAAGAUGAGGGCCCCUUACCACGAGGUGCCCGGGCAAUCAGUUUUCCGCCCACCGUCUCCGAGACGAUAGCGACCAGUCUGCGUCGUCUACACCAGAACCUUGGACACCCUAGCACCGCCGAUUUUGUUCGUCAUCUACGCCUGGCCGGGGCAUCCCGUGAAGUUCUGAAAGGGGCCAAGGCCCUAGAGUGCCAAGUUUGUCAAAGGAGCAAGCAGCCGGCUAUCCCCAAACCGGCUAAGAUUGUCCCCUGCUACCGAUUCAACGAGAUGGUUGGCACGGACUUGUUCUAUGUCCACGACAGCGAAGGCCGGCGACACCAGCUCCUCUCCAUCGUCGAUUUCUCGUCUGCCUACCACAUCGUUGUGCCAGUGCAGAGGAAAGACACCGUUACACUCGAGAAGGCGUUCUGUGAGAGUUGGGUUCAGAUCUUUGGGGCUCCGACCACGGUUGCGGUCGAUUUGGAGAACGGGUUGGAGAAGUCUCUAGCCCGUAUUGGCGACUGGACGGGGACCCGCAUUCGCAGUGCGGCCGGACAGGCCCACCACCAGGCUGGCUACACAGAGCGCCAAGGAGCUAUCUGGAAGUCCCUUUUCAGCCGGAUCUGCGAGGAACACUCUGUAUGCCAAAGUGAUUUCCACCUCGCUGUGAGCGCAGUCUCUUCUGCAAAGAACCAGCUGACACGGACGAGCGGUUUCAGUCCUUGCCAGCAUGUGUUUGGAUCGAUGCCGGGGCUCCCAGAAGAUCUUCUUGAGGGUCCUCACGCUGACCACCCGGAGCAGGAGGCGAUCAUCGACGACAAGCACGCCCGUGAGGUCGCACUUCGAACGGCCGCUCGGGCCGCCUACUUCCAUGUCCAGACCGAUGAGAGGGUUCGCCGCGCCCUUGCAGGGCGCGCCCGUGUUGAAAGCCGAACACCAGAAACCGGGGAAAGGGUCUUCUACUUUCGCAAGACGAAGAACAACAAGAAGGGCUACUGGGUCGGACCCGGAACUGUCAUCGGGCGAGAAGGCGCGAACCUAUGGAUCACCCGAGCCGGGAGAUGUGUUCUAUGUGCUCCAGAGCACGUUCGGCUUGCAACCGGCGAGGAACUUGGUCAGGCCUUCAGCAUGAAGGUCGCGCAAGAAGACUUGGACAAGUUGUUGAAUGCCGACUCAGAUGAGCCGGGCGCCUACGACGAGGAUCACGAGGACCAAGGGGACGAAGAGAUGCUCAACGCUGGGGCUGCUGGCGUUGGCGAGAUUGUGUAUGACAUGGAGCUGGACGGAGAAGAAGAACGACGUGGGCUACGACGUGACCUUGUUCGUGUACCUCCUCGUGUCCUGAAGCGACAGCGACGCAAGGGGCGCGGUGAAGAAGCGGCCGUUGACGGUGGGCCCCGCGAAGGGCCCAGUGAUGUGAACAUGAUCAAGCGAGCCCGCACCCAGCGGUCCCGGGAAAAGCAGCUAGAGAAGGAGAUCCCUUGGUCCCUCAUCCCGGAGUUUAUGAGGCCGAAGUUCCGGGAGAAGGAGAUGGUCCAGUGGCGAGAACAUGUGGACACUGGGGCCUUGGAAGUCCUGAGUGUCGAGGAAAGCGAACGAGUUCGCCGUGAAGAACCGGCGAGCCGUAUCCUCGGCUCACGUUUCGCCUACAGGGACAAGCACCUUGGGCGCAGGCGCGCCGACCCUACUGUGGAGUGGAAGCCUAAAUCAAGGCUGGUCGUGGCUGGACAUCUUGAUCCCGAUGUGGGCGUGGCCAACAUCGAGGUCGACUCUCCCACGGUGUCGAGGGCAUCCUUGAUAUCUUUGCUUCAGAUAUGCGCUUCCAAGCGUUGGAAGGCUGCUGCAGGAGAUGUUCAAGCUGCUUUCUUGCAAGGCGUUGAGCUCGGGCGCCAGUUGUGGAUGGCACAGCCAAAGUCCGGGAUUUCUGGACUGGAUCCAAGACAGCUCGCUCGAAUCAGGAAGGGAGUCUUCGGCCUAUCCGAGAGCCCGAGGAUGUGGUACGAUAGGCUUUCUGGCGUUCUACUUAGCGAGGUCUUCGACAUCGGAGGAGUACGACACCGCCUCGUGCCGAGCCCUUUAGACCCUUGCGUGAUGAUGCUCAUCAAGGAUGGCGAAGCUUCUGAGCCAGCAGGAUACCUCGCCCUCCACGUGGACGACAUUUUGGUGGUCGCCCCUACCGAGGUCAACCGCAUGCUCCAAGGGAGGAUCGGGCGCCUUUUCCCGAUCGACGGCUGGCUCGAAGACAGUUUCGAGUAUGUGGGGUCCUUCAUCCAGGUGAACGACGAUGGCGUGAGUAUCACCCAGGAGAGCUUUGUGGAUGGCCGUUUGUUCACUGUUGAGGUCCCCCGUUCGCAGAAGGGGACAGAACCAGCUACUGAAGAGCAGGCCAUCGACAACCGAUCAUUGAUCGGUGCUUUGAGUUGGCUAAGUAGCCAGAGUCGCCCAGACCUGACGUGUGGGGUGGCAUUGUCACAGCAGCUCCAACGGGCCCCUCUUACCGAGGAUGUUCGAUUCGUGAACCAGCUCUCGGCCCGGGCCAAGGAGUUCCGCGAGAACGGGAUCUACCUGCGGCCUACCAAACUCGAGGACGCGGUGUUCCUCGUGUACCACGACGCGGCCUGGGCCAACGCCGAGCUCGAGGAGGCCGAGGACGGGUUCAAGCUCACGGCCGAGGAGAUCGAGCAGGGCACCAUACGCGGUUUCUACAGCGAGUCUAGGCCAAGGAAGGCUAAGAAGGGAUCUUCCAAGGUCGCUUCACAGUUGGGCCACUUGAUCUUACUGGCCGACCGGGCCAUCCUCGAUGGGUCCUGUUGCCGAACGAGUUUGCUCGAGUGGAGGAGCCAGUCAUGCAAGCGAGUGUGCCGUUCCACUUUUGGUGCGGAGACAAUGGCCGCGGUGGAGGGACUUGAAGGAGGACAGUACAUGAGGGCCCUUCUGGCCUCACUACUUCAUGGACGGAUCGUCAAGCACCAUGAGAUCCGUAAGCGGUGGCCAAUUCUCUGCUUGUCCGACUGCAAGUCUCUUCACGACCACCUUCACAAGGCUGGAACACCAAGGCUCCCAGCAGACCGUCGUCUCGCAAUCGACUUAGCGGCCCUACGUCAAGAGUUGCGGGCUGAACAGUGGACUGACCGUUUGCCGCUCCAAUGGAGGGCAUCACGCUACCUCUUAAAAGAGGUCGCUGGAGUGUUUCAGACGAGUUCGCCGAAGGCACAUGUGAUCGAGCCCAGCGAAAAGGCCUGUGCGCCUUUGCUUUCUUAG